AUGGGCAAGCAACCUGAUCCCAAUGAUCUUAGAAGACAGCUUCGAGCAGAAAAAUACAAAGAUGUUUUCAUUAAAAAUGAUCACUGCACGCCAACAGGAGACUUGGUGGGCUUCUUGGGGCCGGAGGAUGGACCAGAGGCAGAGGUUGAAGCCUUUGGGGGUGGAGUGGUGGGCUUCUUGGGGCCGGAGGAUGGACCAGAGGCAGAGGUUGAAGCCUUCGGGGGUAGAGUGGUGGGCUUCUUAGGGCCGGAGGAAGUUGGUGAACUGGCUGGUGCGGCUUUGGUUGAUGGUGAUGGUGCAGUCUUAGGUGAGGCAGAUGGGGAGGAAGCCGAAGACUUGGGGGAUGAUGCUGGCGCGGAGGAUGUGGACUUAGCCUUAUUUGAGGAGGCUGGACCUUUGGCUGGUGAUGAUGAUGGCGACUUAGAUUUGGCUGAUGGCGAUGGUGCAUUGGCCUUUGCAGCAACCCCAGAAAUAAUGGCAACAAAGAUGAGAGUAAGGACGAUCAGUAGGUUUAGUGUUAGAUAUAAGGCGGAAGCAAGAGGAGUGUUGGUGUGGAAGAAGGUGAAAGAAAAGAAAAGCAAGGGCCUUCGGUUUUUGGUCCUUGCGGAUUGGGAUGAUGGUGCAGCAGCAGCAGCAGCACAACACUUCGAAACUUUCUUUCAGAAGAGAGCUGUUGUGUCUCGAGCGAGCUCCACCAUCAUCAUCAUGGACGCGCAUUAA